AUGACUUCAUUUGGAGCCCUCUUAGUUACAGUAUUCUAUAUGAAUAAUCUUUAAGUUUGCUAUGAAUUAUUAGAUGAUAGCUAUAGGACUUUUCUUCUUAGGUUUUGGAGGUAAUCCAACAAUUACUGUACAUUAUUCAUUUAUCAAUGAACAUUCCUGUAAUUUAUAUAUAUCAAAGAUUUUAUAUAGAGGGUAAUUUAGAGAAGUCUAAAAUGUUGGUGUCUAAGUGUUUUUUGCAAUUGAUGAAUUUGCUAUUAUAGCAUUAGCAUAUUUUAUUACUUAUUGGAGAUGGUUAGCAGUUUCAGUUGCAAUACCAUCUAUUUUAUUAAAUAUUGGUAACCUUUUGAUAUUUGAAUCUCCUUAAUUUUUAUAUACAAAAAAUAAGAAAAAUGUGUAUAGAUUCUAAAUUAAAUUGCAAAAUUAAAUGGAACUUAAUAAAUAAAAAUAGAUGAUUUGGCAACUAAUCCAUAAACUAAAGAGAAAAAUUCCAGGGUAUAUUCUAUUUUGGAUUUAUUGA